GCGCAAGAGUGCCGGUGGGCACUUGGUAGUCAGUGAUCAAUGAACUCUACUUGCACUGUAUUUUGGCUAAUACAGUCAGUGUACAUAUCUAAAGGAUCGACGAUAACAUGACUACUUAAUACUAAAUAGUUGUGUAAGGCUUUUUGAAAGAAGCAAAUGUUAAAUAUUGCUAUAAAUAAUAGCAUAAAUGAGUGAAAAUGAAUGAUAUAGACAGCAUGAGUAUGAAGGGCAGUGGAGGUUCUAAAAUGCCUCAUAGUCAUUCAACUCCAGCUGGUGUUGAUGGAGGUAGUCGAACACCACCAACAACACCCAGGAAGGCAGGGAAGAUGCUUGCAGUUCGUGUACAAAUGUUGGAUGAUACUAUUACAAUGUUUCAAGUACAGGCAAAAGCAUUAGGUAGAGUAUUGUUUGAUCAAGUUUGCAAACAGUUACAUCUUUUAGAAGCUGAUUAUUUUGGUCUUGAGUAUCAAGAACUUAAUGGGACAAAAUAUUGGUUAGAUUUAGAAAAACCAGUCUGUAGACAAGUGGGAUUAUCAUUGGUUGAUCCUCUUCUUAGAUUUUGCGUUAAAUUUUAUACACCAGAUCCUGCACAACUUGAAGAGGAGUUUACAAGAUAUUUAUUCUGUUUACAAAUCAAACGAGAUUUGACUUUAGGUUUAUUACAAUGCAAUGAUAAUACAGCAGCUUUGAUGGCCAGCUAUAUUGUACAAGCUGAGUGUGGUGAUUAUGUUAUAGAGGAUUAUCCAGAUCACACUUAUUUAUCAACAUACAAGUUUGUGCCUCAUCAAGAUCAAGAAUUAGAGCGACGUAUCAUGGAAAAUCAUAAAAGACAUGCUGGACAAUCUCCUGCAGAGGCUGACCUUAAUCUUUUAGAAACAGCACGACGCUGUGAACUUUAUGGAAUGAAAAUGCAUCCAGCUAAAGAUCACGAAAGAGUAUCGUUGAAUUUGGCAGUAGCUCACAUGGGGAUAGUAGUUUUCCAAAAUUAUACCAAGAUAAAUACAUUUAGUUGGGCUAAGAUCAGAAAAAUUAGUUUUAAACGGAAACGAUUUUUGAUUAAACUACAUCCUGAAGGCUACGGAUAUUAUAAGGAUACGGUCGAAUUCUUUUUCGAGGGUCGUAAUGAAUGUAAGAACUUCUGGAAAAAAUGUGUAGAAAAUCAUGGCUUUUUCCGUUGUUCUGUAGUCAAACAUGUCGUACGACAAAAAACAAGAGUUCUUAGUCGAGGAUCAUCCUUCAGAUAUAGUGGAAAGACACAAAAGCAAAUAGUUGAAUUUGUCCGUGAUAAUUAUGUGAAGAGACAGACAUUCCAAAGGUCCAAUUCGUUCCGGCAGACUAGCGGUGGUAGGGCAUUGCAGGGCUCGGAGGGGGGAGGCUAUCGUGGGGCCACUCCGAGCAGCUCACUUAUGGGCAGCUCCAGCAUCUCUGCCCACCCCCUCCUGCCCCUCGGCGAUCCUGCCCUGGCAACCCCAGCUCUGUCUCUAUCAUGCGGCUCGAUGACACUGGAUUCUCCGACGACUGUGACGAGUGUCUCGAUGGGAGGGACGAUUCACCGUCGCGACGACACAGCUACAUCGUUUCGGACGCUCACCUCUAUCGACGUCCAUUCGCCAGCCACCCCCAGCCAGGCUCCAGCACAGCGGCAGACGCUUGCUACCAAUCAGCAACGGAUUUCAUCAGCAGGUGGUGAUAUUAAUCGGUGGAGCUACACAAACGGAUUCGUGAAUUCUCCGGCAUGGCAUGUGCCGUUUCGUGUGAAUCCAGUACGUAACGUAUUGGCUCACGCGACACCUCGCUCCCUGACCAAUCGAUUCCUUCCGGUUUACCCACGUUGAGAAUCGAGAAACGGGGCCAAUCUUGCGAAAUGCGAAAGUGACGUACCACGCUGCAGGUCGGAUUCGACUAAUUAUCAAAAAAUAAUCAGAUCUUUUUGAAUUGAAAUUUGUGUAGAAAAGAAAUGUUUAUCUGAUUGAACUUCAAUUUUUUUCUUCUUUUUCUUCUUUUUAUUAUAAUUAUAGUUUAACUAAAAACUCAUAAUUCUUUGGAAAACUUAAAAAAAAACUGUAAUCGUAUGCAAUUCAAUUAUACACAUUGUAGGUGGUAUCAAAGAAGAUCGGAUUGAACGGAAUCCGCUAAAAAGAUUUGUUGACGCAACGAUUAUUUGAACACUUGUCAAAGAUAAAAAAAAAAUGAAAUGUUAAUAAUAUUAUAAUUCGUUGAUUCAACAAAUCAACUCGCGGUUAAAAAUCCAUUUUUUAUCACGCUAUUGCGCUGCUGCUGCUGCUCUUACAUUAGCCAUUUUACUUUUUCUAUUUUUUUUUCUUCUUAGCUGCUACAUGCCUUAUUACUUGUUUAUUCUUUCAUAGAAAAAAAAAAGGAAAAAAAAAACAUUUAGUAAGAAACAUCACAAUUAGCCAUUAAUGGCUAUAGUAGCGCGAUCGUAAUUCUCAUAUUCACAAUAUAGAAUGGAAAAAGCGAUAGAUAAAAUGAUAUGAAAUAUUAACGGAUGGAUGAAAAAAGAAAUUGUUAAACAUAAAUAUAUAAAAGAACGCUGGAAGAAAAUAAUGAAAACUUAAGAAAACGAAUUAAACAUGCAAAAUUUCUAUGAUGUUGCUAUCUUAUUAUUGUUACAUUCGCACUGCACACUGUAGGAUGUUAGAAUUAGAAUUAGCGGUAUGUUAGUUUGCAAGAUUAACAAACUUUUUUUCUAGAAAAUAAAAUAACGUCGAAUCGUAGCAUACUUUUAUGGAAAAGAGAAAUAUAUCAAAGAUUUUUCGUAAUUUCUUAUAUAAUAAAUUCUUACUUGAGAGAUCGAAUUAACGUUUGAUUUGUUCGUCAGAUUUAGUAGGUUAUUUCUUUGAAAAAAAAAAAAAAUAAUAAUAAACUUUUUAUGCUUGUUCAGUUAAUAACCUGUCUUUAGCACUUCAACAUUAAAUCACAAGCACUUACGCACUUUGUUUACCUUGUAUUCCGUUAUGUUAUCUCAUUAAUUAUGUUGUCUCAUAUAGCUUUUAAGUUAAACUUUUGUAGUGGAUGAAACUAUUACAACAAUUAUUUAGCCAUCACAGUUUAAUCAUGUGUCACGAAAGACUUCGUUAUGCCUCAUCAUAGUGUACCGUUCAAUCCUAUCUCCCGAUGUUGCGUAGAGAUGUGAAUUUUGAAAAAUCAUUGCCACGACUGGCUCUAACAAAAGAGUUUUCUCUUAUUCAAUAUCGUUCUACGUGUGUAUCAAAUAUGAUCAUGACAAAUAACGUAAAAGAUCAAAUAAACAGAGAGAACAAAAUCUAAACACGUAAACGAUUUGUUUUUUUUUUUUGUAUUAAGUAGUAAUUGUUUUUUCACAAAACAAAAUUUAUAUCUAGGGGCAACAAGAUUUAAAUGCGAGAUUAGAAUAAAUAAUUAAGCUACGAUAUUUUAAUGAAGAAAUUGAAAUUAUGAAAAUGAUUUAAAUGUCGAGUUUUUUGUGUUUCUCGAUAAAUUGAUUAAACUCACAUCUCUAAUUGCAGUGUGGUACUAAUCUUUCCUGCAUCAUACACACUCGUAUUAUACACAUGUCAAUUAUCAAUUAUCUGCCGUUCUACUCUUAGGUACCUUAUGAUCAUUGCGUAGCGUUCCCCUUUCACGAUAUUUCGUAAAUCUAUUUAUUAUUACCACCGGUCAUGAUAUCCUACCACCUUUUUUUAUGUCUCUACACCAUGUUUAUAUAAAUACACACAGAAAUUCGUGUGUCAUUCGCUCUAUGUUCCUCUCUUCCUCCUUCCCCAUCCUCACUCUCUCUCUCUCUAUCUCUCUCUUUCUCUCUUUCGCUCUUUCUCUCUCACCCUCUCACCCUUUGAUCGUGUGUUUCAUACGGGUAAUAUCAUAGUAUUUUUGCAGCAUAUGUGUAAGACACAUAUAUACGCAAACACCACAUAUCCUAAAAUCAGCCUUUUCUUAUUAAUCUUCUUUGAUCUUCUAUUUAAUGUGGCCUUCUUCCAGGUGUUCAACCUCUUUGUCGUUAAAUAUGUAAAUCAAUGUGAAUCACGGAUAAUAAUGACUUUGUUAUUAUUAAUGACUAAGCGAGACGACUAUAUUGUCUCAUUAUUGCGACUUAUUAAAACUUUUAUUAUUUAUCUUUUUUAGCGUAAACAAGGAAAAGAAAACUUUUUUGAAAAUAACUGCAAGAGACGUUUGUCUUGAAAUAUAAAUAACAUGCCUGUAACGAUUGAUUAAUAGGUGUUAUUUUUAUCGUUUCUUCGCUCGUACAUUCCCGAUUAUUAUAAACAUGUGCCAAAUUUUUGAUAGUCAAUCUUUCGCUUGGGUUUCGAUACUCAAACAAUAUGAAGUAUCAUAUUAAACGACUGAAUUAUUUUUACGCUUUAUAUAGCCAAUUUAUUCGUUAGAUGUUCCAAAAUUAAUCUUAUCCGAUGGAAAAAGAAAAGAAAAGAAAAGAGAAAAAAAAACAUGUACGCAAACAGAUUCGACGGGGAUGAAUAUCGUUCCCACUAAAGAUUUAUCAUAUCGUCGUGAUAUUUCUUUUGCAAAUGUCCUUCAAAAAAGUAACACGAACGAACGAACGAACGUAAAAAAUAUGAUAAGUCAAAAAAUUCGAAUUAUUAAGAGCGUUCGUUGAUACCUAUGACUGUCGUAAUACAUUUCAAUUAAGAACACAAUAAAAGAAAUGAAAUCGUUUUCGUCUCGUUAAGGGAUUGGUUGUUUUUUUUCUUUUCGUUAUGAGCGAUCGAAAAUUGAAGGUAUUAAUAGGAGAAAAGGAGAGAAAAGUUUAUCGUGGGACGAGUGUUCGUCGUGUCGAUUCAAUGCUCCCUCGUCUGUUCUUUAUGUAAUUUUUUCAAAACGUUUAUCGAUAUACCGUACUUGUUAACUCUACAUGCACGCGCGCGCACACAUACACAUACAUACAUACAUACAAUUACACUUACAUAAACCUGCUAUCCGCAGUGGUUCCCCUUGGCAUGGAUAUUUAUAGACUAGCUACGAUGGCUGUCCACAUUAUUCUGCUGAUAUUUCUUCGAAAGGAAAAAUAAAUAAAUAAAUAAAAUAAAAAAGAACAAGAAAGAGGGGAAUCAUGGCGUUAGAACGGAGGAAAAGCGAUAUUCCAGGCGUAGGAAGUCUAUUGUACAUUGAUUAUUGAUACUUAAUUAUGAUAACAAUAAAUUAUAUACAAAGUCA